AUGUCAACGACAGCCACAGCAGCGGCGGCCAAGAAGAAGCUGGUCGUCUGUGGAGGUAAUGGCUUUCUCGGCAGCCGGAUCUGCAAAGCAGCUGUAGCAAGAGACUGGGAUGUAGUAUCGAUCAGUCGCUCUGGCGAACCAAACUGGCCCUCUGUCUCCGCCCACACAACAGCACCUGCUUGGUCAAAAUCUGUCCAAUGGCGAUCAGCCAAUAUCCUUCAGCCCGAAACCUACAAAGCCGACCUUGAAGGCGCCAAUGCUGUUGUACAUUCGAUGGGAAUCCUCCUCGAGGCAGACUACAAAGGCGUUCUCACAGGCAAGGAAUCACCGAUUUCUGGCCUUCGUCGUGCUUUCAGCGCAACUAAGCAGGGUGGGAACACAAACCCCAUGGAUCGGAAACCCGGGCAAACAAUUGAGCCGGGCGAAAGAGAUGGACAAUUGACAUAUGAGCUCAUGAACCGUGACUCCGCGAUCGCGUUGGYUAGAGAAGCGAACGACAGUGGUGUCAAGGCAUUCUGCUAUAUUUCCGCAGCAGCGGGUGCUCCGAUUCUGCCAGGCAGAUACAUCACUACCAAACGGGAGGCUGAGAGCACCAUAUCUUCUGCAUUUCCCAGGAUGAGGGGUGUGUUUAUCAGGCCUGGAUUCUUGUACGAUUCUUCGAGGGGAUUCACGAUGCCCAUGGCGGCUGUCACAUAUGGCGGAUUCUUGGCCAAUUCGCUAACGGGCGGCAACCUAACCUGGCUGAUGGGUGCUGGUGGAGCGAAGCCAUUGAAGGCGGACCUGGUGGCUGAAGCUGUGGUGGAGGGACUGGCCGACGAUGCUGUCAAGGGUCCUGUGGAGGUAAAGGAGAUUGAAGAGUUGGCCAACCGGGCGUGGAGGAGAAACAUGCUUUAG